AUGUAAUCGGCUCAAUUUAUUAUGCCUAGAAGCUUUCUAUUAGGAUUCCUGACGAUUUACUCGAUUUCUCAGUACCUACUCCACUUAGUGUUCACAUUUCUUCCAAUUAGCUUCCAAGAUACUUAUUUGAACUUUGGAUUGCUGGCGGUUAGCUACUUCAUUAUCAAAGAGCUGAGAGAAAAAAGAUCCAGAGAAGUAGAGACAUUUGAGAUGCAAUAUCUAUCAGGAAAUGAGUGCAAUUUAAGCCUGUUGUUAAUAACUCUUGGAGGAUCUAUGUUAGCUAUGCUCUACUAAAUGAGUUUGGGCUAUGUUCUAGGAAAUGCUGGACUGCUAGGACUUUCAAGAUAUGCAGCUCUUGUCAUGGGUUCAUACUUUGGAUAUUGUUUAAAUGAAACGUAACUAGCUUAAUAUAGCAGCAUUUCCACCAAUCAAAGACUGUCACAAAUUAUCAUUACUUUCAUCGGUUAGAUCAUGUUGGCUUGCACUUUUAGCCAAUAUACCCUAGCUUUAUUAGCAAUUUACUACUCUACUGGUUUGACAAUCAAUUAUUUGAAGGAGAAGCAAGAUAUUUUAACUGAGAUUGAUCAUAUGUACUACUACAAACUUAUAUGA